CUGAAGUUAUUUAAUUUGUAUACGACUGUAUAAAAGGUCAAAUAUUUUAGUGUCAGUGAAUGUAACAUGGAGACCAAUAGCAGCAAAACCGUUUUGAUAACAGGAGCAUCGGGUGGACUUGGUGAAGAAAUUGCUUAUUCGUUCUCUAGAAAGGGUAUGGUUGUCGUUAUAAGUGGACAAAACCAAGAAAACUUGUUAAAAGUGUCGGAAAAAUGCAAAGCGGAGGGCGCGGCAAAGGUGGUGAUUGUUGCGGGUAACCUGAGGAUAAUAAAAGAUAUCGAACGAAUAGUGGAAACCACUGUGAAGGAAUGUGGAAGCAUAGGACACCUUAAAUGUUACAUUUAAGGUGUCUUGGAUCUGGAGGAGGAAUAGCGGAGUCCACCGUCGAAGACUUGAAUGAAAUAUACGAAGUCAAUAUACGAGCACCGUUUUAUCUCACCAAACUUUGCAUGCCUUACCUUAUUAAAACCGAAGGGUGUGUUGUGAACGUAUCCAGCAUUGCAACAGAAAUCUAUAUACCAGAGUGUUUGCAGUACAGUAUGGCGAAGUCUGCGCUGGACCAUUUCACCAAGUGUGGCGCUUUGGAACUUGCUAAAUCAGGAGUCCGCAUGAACAGUAUAAACCCAAGCUCCAUGCCAACUAAGAUUCUACACCGAGCACUUGGGCCAGAAAAAGCAUCAGAACUAUUUAAGCAAUCCAAGUCUCUUCAUCCUCUUGGAUCCAGCUGCCUGACUCUAAAAGAAGUGUCGGAUGUUGUCAUCUUCCUCUGCAGUCCGGAGUCUAACAGCAUCACUGGUUCUUGCCUCCGUACCGACAGAGGACGUCUGAUGGUGGGAUAAAGAAACGCUUUGACAGAACUGAUUACAUUUCAUUAGGAUUUCGACUUGACUUCCGUUUUAUACAAGAUAUGCGCAUGUCGAAAAAUUGCGCUUCGUAUAUAAAAUAAAAUAUUAGUUUAAAAAAUCA